CCAAGCUUUUGAGUUACAAAAAUAGAAUGGCUACACUAGCUGCUGCUGCUGGCUGUGGUUUGCAGCAGUGCAACAGACGUUUGUCGUGGUCUAGUAGCCCCUGAAUAAAUUUUUUCAACCGAGAAGAGAGACCGGCAUUAAAUUGAAAAUAUUUAAACGCCGGUUACCACCUCGGGAUAAUACUCUCGAGUAUAACCGACAACCUGGACACUCUUCCUGGAGCACAUGAGCAUGUCAGGAGGUGAGAAGUGGCGGCCAAUGGCCAUUUCAAAUCCAUCAACACGUUUGCGUAUGGCACGUUCAAUGCCUCAUUGGGUUAUGGCACAAGAACAAUCCAAAUCAACGGAGAAAUCAUCGCGACAAGUGCCGACACCACCCAAAAUCCCGCCACCAUCUUUAUCCGGCGACUGCGGCGAUCCCGACUAUGAAGUUAUCGAAUUUCCGACCCAGCAGGCUUCGAGGACUAACAACAACGGCAGAGCAUUAGAAAUUACAAGAACAACAUCAACAAACAACAACAAUAUUGUCAACAAAUGUGCUUUGUGCGGCGUAAAAAAUUUAUUCGCAAGAUGCGACGCGUGCAAUGAAAAUUUCUGCGAGACCUGCGACGACAUGAACCAUAAACAUCCUAAGCGGCGUAAUCACGUGCGCAGGAGAAUUGUGACUGAUAAUAAUCACAUGAAUUUUCGUACUAGACCACCGUUGCCACCGAAAGGCGAAACUCCGGCGAAUCCUCCAGUACCACCGCCGAGAAGAAAUCGUAGAAAUACUCAGGCAAAGGCGUCGGUUAAUCAGGAUCCUGGGAGCAUGUCGUUUUCCGAUAAAGUUGCAAGUUUGAAAAGGAAUGUUGCCAGUGUCCAAGGAAGACCAUUGCCAAUGGCUCCAGAUUCAGCUUUAACUGCCUCGAGAUCAGUUCAGUCACUUAAUACACCUCCUAGUAAUAAUGAUCCCAAUGGAACUGGAAUGGAUAAAAUGUCAACACUUCAGGAGAGAUAUAGAAGGUAUCAGGAAGCAAUGAGAGCUCAAGAUGCGAACAGACGAAGAAUACCAACACCUGAAACACCUAGAGAGGCUCCGAGUCCCAGGCCAGUUAGUCUUGGCAGCUCUCGAGGUAAUUUGAUGGUUCCUUCUACUCCACCGAGAUCUGGAAUGAUGCAGUCAUCGAGUGUUUGUGAUUUAUCUUCUCAGAAUUUAUGGAACCCGGCAAUGCAACAGGCUCAGUCAAUGGCUCAUUUGGCGCCGCGUAUGCCAAUGAUGUGGUACCCGCCACCAGGAACAUGGGACAAUUCACUGAGUGGUUCUACUAUGAGCCUCAAUCAUCCACCAGCAAUGUGGGGCUACCCGAUGGGAUACAAUCAAGCAAUGUUACCACCUCAUUAUCCGUCAGCUAAUGUCUCCAGGUGUCCUAGUCCCGCGAGAAGCUACAAAUCUAGUAGGCGCAGUAGAGCUGCUUCACCCUCGCUCAGCCAAAAAUCAAGAAAGUCGGUAAUGUCAAGAGCCAGACGAUCACCAAAUUCGACUGACGCGAGUUCUGAAGAAUCUGACGACUCGGAUUACGAUGACCGGCUGUCAAGAAGUUCAAGAAAUUUACGGAGAACCAGCGUUUCUUCACGACGAACUGCUGGUUAUCAUGAUAUUGAUGACAAUAGAUCGACAAUGUCACGAAGUCGUCGGGGACAAUGGAGAUCAGAUGACAGAAUAAACGGAAUAAAUUCUUCGUCAUCACGAAAUUUGGACUACGAAGACCUGGACAGUCGAUCAGUAUCUUCGAGACAGCAGUCGGAGAAUGAUGAUCACCGGAGGUCACGAAGAAGUCAAAUAGAUCAUCAGUUAUCUUCUCGACAAAAUUCCGAAACUGAUGACAGUCGCGGGCGUAAACGUAAUGAGCACACAAAUGUAAAUGUAGAUUCACGAUCACGUUUGAUUUCUUCCCGUCAUAAUUCUGAGACUGACGAUGACCAUAGAAUGCGACGUAAACCUGAGUCUGUCAAUGAUGAUAAAUCAGUAAGAAGUAAUGGAACAUUGCGAAGCAGGCGAAAAUCUAUCACAGAAUACGACCGUCGAGAUUUAAAUAAGAAAAAUAAUGCAAAUGUCAUGCGGCCUAGACUCGCUAAUUCUUCUGAUAGUACUGGGGAAUUUGUGACUACUAAUAAUAAUAAACGGGCUGAAUCAGUAGCUAAGGAAAUUCCAAAAUCGCCUUUAAGAGAAGUACGAAAAUCUGCUGAAAGAGAUUUAAUAAAAGAACCGGCUCCGGCAAAAUUAAUAAAAGAAUCGACUCCAGAUAAAAAUAUAAAAGUACAAUCUAAUGAAAAUUCAAAUCAAGAUAAAAUAAAUAAAGCUAAAUUGUCAGCUUCUUUAAUAAAAGCAGCCUCUGAAGAAACUGCAGUGGUAGAGACAACUGAAGACUUGCAAGAAUGGGCAUGCGAACACUGCACAUUUAUAAAUGAACCCAAAGAACGGGUUUGUAUUGUCUGUUGCAAAACUAAACGAAGUGCUCUCCCUCCCAGUCCAGUAAACGCAACAGAAUCUUCAGAAAAUAUUGAAGAGUCUAAUCCUGAACCCGUGACGAAGGCUUCGAGUAUAAAAAUCUCCAAUGGGGAAGAAAGUGGUGACAGUACAGCAACUACCCAAAGCAAAGAUGUAAAAAUUGAAAAUAAUAAUGAAGAAUUAAAUACAAAUGUAAAAGAAGACGAUAAAGUUAAUAAAUUAGAGUCAGUAUCAAAUUCAACGCCGCGGGAAAAUAAAAAAAGUUAUGAUUCAAUAUCUACUUCCACGUCUCCUAUCAAAGAACUUGAAGAAACUUCUUCCGCAGUAGUAAAAGUACAAGACGAUAUUCCUGUGCUGUCACCAACUCCUGUCAAAGCUUUAGAAACUCCUGCAGGACCUUCACCCGUCCCCUCGAUUGCUGUGUCAACUGAAAGAGGAACGUCACCUCCACCUCAAAGUAUUGCCACUCAGACAUAUGAUGUGCUGCCGAAAAAUAAUGGAACUGGAAAAAAGUCUAAAGAAUAUCGUGAUCCAAAAAUAAUUUAUCAAGACGAAAGUGAUUGCGAGGAAGUGAGAUUCACAAACAGUCCGGAUUUAUAUCCACGUGUGCAUUAUAUUAAUCAGCACAUUAAUCAUCCGACUUCUUCACAUGGAACAAGAAGAAAUUCUACAGAUUCAACACAUCUUUAUUUUAAUUCUAGGGAAAUAAAUCAAGCGAGAUAUCAUCAGGAAUCGCCAACAAUUGUACCAGUAUCUCCAAGUGUAUCAACUUUGACACGUCAAGGUUUUGAGAUUGUUGAACUUUUACGUGAAGCAGAACGUCAAGGAUUUUCAGCAGACGACAUUCAAGUGGCACUGGCACAGGGCGCUGUUAAUCCUAUUGAUUGGCUCAUAAAUCAGUGGCCACAUCUCAUUGAAACUGUUCAAAUUCUUGUUACAACAAGAGGAAAAGAAACGCCCGAUUGUAAAAACGACAUUGGAUAUUUAUCGAUCGUUGAAGCUAAAGAGGUUUUGCGUGCAUGCAAAGGCGAUGUUUGGACUAGUGUCACUCGAGCUAUUCAACUAAGGCAACAAAAGGUCGCAGGAAUAAAAGCUAAAGGUAAUUUUUCACUUGUUGAUGUUGUUCGAGCGCUUGAUAAUAAUGCGGGCAAUGAAGAUCUAGCAUUAUUAGAGUUACAAAAAAAUCAAUUGAAACCAUUUCUAAUGCGUAUAUGGGGGCCGCCUGCUGGGGUGGAAAAUGACGAAGCUGCUCCGCGUGCGGAUGUAGCGAAUGAUGCUGGUGGGUCGGGAUUUAAUGAACACAUUGGAGGAGCAAUGGAUUUGGAUGCACUGAAGCAGGUAAUAAUACCCUCACUUGAUAAUUUAGCAGAGUUGCAGGCUGGAUCUCAGCAAGAGUCACCAACAGCGAAAUCAAUAAAUCAAUUGUUUAAUGAUGUUGAGGAGCCCGAUAAAAAAAAUAUUGGUAAUAAUCAUAGUAAUUUAUUCAACAGUUCUAAAACCACCGAUAAGCAUUCUGCUUCACUAAAAUUGAAGACCAUUGAUACAGAAUCUGGUAAAACUUUGAUGAUUACGGAAAAACAUAAUAAUGAUGAUAAAACCGAAUCUGCUGAUAUUGAAAAUUUGGAAUUUAAAAAUUCAGAUAGAAAUGACUUGAAAGAUUUACCACAGAGUGAAGAAAUUAAAAAUAUAGGGGAUAACUCUUCGCAAAAUUUAGCAGUUGAAAAUUUAUUGUUGGCUAUGAAAUCAUUGCCAGAACAAGUUUUGGGUUCAUUGACUGCUGCUGUUCAAGAAUUAUCGAUUAAAUUAGAACCAGAAGUAGUUAAUAAAGAAAAUAAAAGUGAUGAAAAAAUAGUUGACGCAUCAGUUGAAACUCCUGCUGAAGCAUCUACGAAAUUAGAGCCAGAGCCAGAGGUAGUAAAGGAAGAGGUAGUAAAGGAACAAGUAGUUGAAGAUAAGCAAAAUGAUAAAAAAAUAGAGUUAGCAAUUGAAACUUCUGAUAAAUUAAUUGAAUCAGAGCUAGAAGAGAUAAAAGAUAAAAAAAGUGAAGAGAAUAUGAAUUUAUUUAUGAAAACUUCUGAUGAGUUUAAAGACACUUUAGAAGCUGAUAAAAAUUUAGUAGAAAUAGAGAGCCCUGUGAAAAAAGAAAUAGUUGUAGAUAGAGUGAGUGAAUUAGUUGAAUCAGAGAGUCCUGAUAUUUCCAAAAAUGAAGAAGCAGAAGUAUUUUACGAAGCGGUACGUACGUUUUCAAAAUCAGAAAUAAAAUCUGAUGAGAAUGAAAAAAUAAAUAAUGUGACGCCGACCGUCAUAUCUCCACCUCCAUCACGCAUGAACGCACUGAAAUCAUUGAAAAAUCGAUUGACGAGCAUGAUAUCAAAAUUUCCAUCAAUGAAACUCGGUGGUUACGAAAAACCAGAGCCAGUUGAAGCAAAUCAAUUUAAUGACAAAGAGUCGGCGGAUUUAUCGCUUAAUUCGCACCCCAAUUCUAUUAAUAAUAACAAUAAUAUUAACUAUCACGCUUCUAAUGGAAUUAAUAGCAAUAAUAAUAAUGAUAUAUUUAAUGACAAUAUCAUUUCACCCAAUAGCGCUUCAUUUAAAAAUAAUUCAAAAACAUUCAAAUCAUCUGCUACCAUUACUCCCAUAAACAAUGAGGCCGUUUUAAAUAUUAAUGGUAUUAAUAAAAAUAACGAAGCUUUUAUUAAUGAAGCUUAUUCUGAUGACAAUAAAGCGGGCCCUGCUGUAGUUGAUAAUUACAAAAAAGAAAAAGAAUACCAGUCGCCUGUAUUUUUUCAGAAUACUCUGAGUGUUGCAGAGUCUCGAGAUGUUAAACGCAGCACUAUUUAUAUUGAACCUUUGACGGUUAAUAGAGACAGAAAAAUAUUUGAUGAUUUUAAAAGUAAUGUUAAAGUAGAAGUAGAAGUUGAUGGUGAUCAAGAUUUGAAAAUGAAAGAAACGGAAGUAGAAAAUAAUAUAAAAAACUUAGAGUUUGAUCAAGAAAUAAAUAACGUAGUAGAAGUAAAUCAUUUUAAAGAGAUGGAUACUGGGAGAGAGAUUGAAGAGAAAAAUAUAGAAGUAAAUAUUAAUAAUGAGUCUAGAGAUGAUGAUUUGUUUGAUGAUGCAUCCAGUGCGGCUGAAACAUUUGAAUUAAAAAUAACGGAAUCUCCUUUGUUGAUUUUCAAUGACGCUGCUCCCGUAGAAGAGCCUCCGGUAGUUCGAGGCUCACUGAAAAUAAAUUUUUCACGAUUUUCUGAAACGAACGAAGUGAUAAGUGAGCCUCUUAAAUUUGCUAGUCAAAAAAUAUUAGAAAAUGAAUCAGUUGGGCCCGUGAUACCUCUAGAAGAUGUUUUGCCGAAAAAUUUUACCGCAAGUUCGAUGAUUGAGGCGUCGAUUGAAAUCAACGAAUCUGCGGUGAAAAAUGAUAAUAUUCAGAGCAAUUUCUUUAUUCCUAAGCCGAUUGUUAAAGCUAGAGCUAAAUCGCCGGUUAAAAGAGCAUUUGCGUUGAGAAAAUUACCCACGCGCAAGUGUUUUAUUGGGGCGAAGAAAAAUUUUGCUUUUGGAGGAGUACCAAAAGAGACUGCGGUGUCGAGAGCUAAAGAAUGUGCUGAUAAAAUUGCGGCCAAGUCAUUGAUGUCUAGUGUAAGUGUGAAUCAAGUUAAGAAGCUUGAGGUUGUUGAUGUAAAUCGGAAGAGUGAAUGUGAUAAAAGACCAGACUUAGUUUCUAAGAUUGAAAAGGUUGAGGCGGAAGAAAAAAAAAUGAGUUUUUCUAUUCAGAAAAUAGGUAAAGUUGAUAUCGUUAAUAAGCCUACGCCGAGAAGUAAAUUACCUUCACGGAUCCCUGUUUUCCGGAAGAAACCGUGGGUCGCUGGACAAACGAUAUCUGUAGCAAGUCAAAAAAUAAUUGAAGUUAAUGUUUUGAGGCCUACGAAUUCAAGUUUUAAUGUACCAAGACGAACUAUUCCUGUUUUACACCCACUGGCUACAUCUCCAACUGACAGUAAAAAUAAAAUUAAUAAUCUCAAUGAAAAUAAUAGGAUUAGUGUUAAUAGAAACGUUAAAUCUCAAGUAUCAGUUGAAAAAGUAAAUGGAAAUUCCAGUUUUAAAUCAAGAGAUGAAGGAAAACUACUAAAAAGUAAUAAUGCGUCUGUUCAAAGUAAAGUUACUGAAAAAAAUACAAGUCGAGAGUUAAUUCAAAGUAGAGAUAAAAAAAUUAGUCAUAGUAUUAAUAAAUCAAUUGAUGACGAAUUAUUUAGAGCUAAAUCUUCUGAUGAUUCCUCGAAGAAUGAAGUAAAUGAAUGUUUAGAAUUAAAUGAAGAGUAUAGUGAAGAAGAAGUAGAAGAUGAGGAAGAAGUAGAAGAAAUAGAGGAGAUAGAAAUCGAAGAUGAUGAUAGUUCUGAGGAAGAAGUGGAAGAAGAAGAGGAAGAAAUAGAAGAAGUGGAAGAUUUAACUGACUCUGAAACAAGUGAUACAAAUACUAAAAGUUCAGUUAUCAUGCGCAGAAUUAACUCAUCUGAUGAGCUAACAAAUGCUGAAUUAAUGCUGAAGAAAACAUUAGAUGAUAUUAAAGCAGAAAUAUCUGAUUCAGAGUGCGAGCAAGUAAGUACUGAUUCUAGUCAAAGGUCUGUAGGAAGCGACGAAGAAGUUGAAUUGUCUGAAUCCAAUGAUUUACCAGAAGAUUCACCAGAACUAAAUGAUACAAAGACUGAUGUCGAUGUUGAAUCAACAAUCGUACUAACUUUGCCCAAAAAAAGAACUACCGAAACUGAAAAUAUAGAUAAUUCAAUCACACAAAGUACAUCUGAAACAAUUAAAAUAAAAGACUCAAAAGUAUUGAAAGUAGAGGUAUCUGAACCUGAGGUUGCUGUAAAUAAAAAUAACGAGUCACGUAAACGUUUUUCAAUAGUCGCGGAAUAUGUUCAGCAAUUUGAAGGUGAAACUCAAAAGUAUGAGAGGAGAAAUUCAAAAUCAAAGCAACAGGAUAGUGUCAAGAUUACACGAGAAAAAUCGCCCGUUAACGAGAGGGAGAGAACAGCAAGACGUUUAUUGGCAGAAAAGCGAGUGUCCAGCUACGAUGAAGCCGAGAUAGCAGCAAGUUUAAUUGGUCUCAAGUUCCAAGAUGAUGAGGCGAUUCAUGCAGCUAAAGAAUGCACGAGCGUUGAGUCCGCAAUAGCAUUUCUCCAGCAGGAAUGUGAACUUUGCACUGGUCGAUUUGCCGUCAGCCAGAUGAUCUCGAUGCUGAAAUGCAUCCAUCGAUGCUGCAAUGACUGUGCUAAAAAUUAUUUCACUAUUCAGAUCAGCGAUCGUAAUAUCAUGGAUGCUGUGUGUCCGUUUUGCAAGGAGCCGGAUCUUAAAGACGCAUCCGAAGAUGAAGUUCUUGAGUACUUUAGUAUUUUGGACAUUCAGUUAAAGUCACUUUUGGACCCACCUAUUCAUGAGCUCUUUCAGAGGAAGCUCAGAGAUAGGACUCUGAUGCAAGAUCCUAAUUUCAAGUGGUGUGCUCAGUGUUCGAGUGGAUUCUAUGCGAAUCCAAAUCAAAAACGACUGAUAUGUCCCGAUUGUCGAUCAGUAACUUGUGCAUUUUGUCGAAAACCCUGGGAAAAGCAACACGAAGGAAUAACAUGUGAACAAUUUGAAGAAUGGAAAAAUGAAAACGAUCCCGACAAUCAAGCGAUAGGUUUAGCUAAACAUUUAGCAGACAAUGGAAUCGACUGUCCUAAAUGUAAAUUUCGUUAUUCUCUAUCACGAGGAGGUUGUAUGCAUUUCACGUGUAAUCAAUGCAAGUAUGAGUUUUGCUGUGGCUGUGGUAAAGCUUUUAUGAUGGGCGCCAAAUGUCCAGUCAGUCCCUAUUGCGCGAAACUUGGUCUCCACGCUCAUCAUCCACGCAAUUGUCUCUUUUAUCUUCGUGACAAAGAACCAGCGCAGCUUCAAAACCUUCUGAAAGACCAUGGCAUCGAAUUCAAUACUGAGAACACAUCAAACGAUCGCAAAUGCAAAGUUCAGUUGCAAAAAGAAACACCAACAGGCGUAACUGAUGCUAUUUGUAACUCGGAUGUUGUAGAAAAUCAUGCUGGACUGUGCAGGCAGCACUACGUUGAGUACUUGGCGGGCCUGGUACUCAAGUCAAAACUGGACCCUGUUACGAUAUUCGAUUUGAACGAGACGAAGCAGGAGUUGCGCCGACGGGGAAAAGUCCCGCCUAUCAAGGCACAAGAAAUGUCCGAGCAGGAUUACCUCAGGGCGUGUAUUCAGGUCGUCCAAAAAGAAAUUCCGUUGGAGUAA